AUGCGCCCCCAGGCUCUCACGAACGAGCUCGCGGCUCCGUGGAUCCGCGCGGGCUUCCGCAUCAACCACCCCGUCGCCCGUGCGCCCCCGCGCGCCGCGACCCCCCGCGUCAACUCGGAGCACUCGGCCCACGCAGUGGCCAAUGAUGACACCGCACAGGCCUCGCGGCGGUCCAUCCUGGGCUCCACCGCGGCCGCGGUCGCCGCCGCAGGCACCGUCCUCGUCCAGGGGUCCCCCGCGCUCGCCGCGAACGACUCCAGCGACGCCACGGUGACGCAGAAGGUCUACUUCGACGUUGCGAUCGGUGAUGACAAGGUCGGCCGCGUGACCUUCGGGCUGUACGGGAACGCCGUGCCGAAGACCGUGGAGAACUUCAAGGCCCUCGCGACGGGCGAGAAGGGCUUCGGGUACAAGGGCUGCACGUUCCACCGCGUGAUCAAGAAUUUCGUCAUUCAGGGCGGGGACUUCACCGCAGGCAACGGCACCGGCGGCAAGUCGAUCUACGGGCGCACCUUCCCUGACGAGGGCUUUGGCAUCAAGCACCGGACGGGCGUGCUCAGCAUGGCCAACGCGGGCCCGAACACGAACGGCAGCCAGUUCUUCGUGACCACGGCGGAGACCCCGUGGCUCGACGGCAAGCACGUCGUCUUCGGGGAGGUCCUGGAGGGCAUGGACGUGGUGCGCAAGGUGGAGGACACGCCGACCGCGGGCCGGUCCGGGAAGCCGCUGCAGCCCGUGCGCAUCGUGGACUGCGGCCUCGCGUGA